AUGAAUAUUUCAAACACAGGUUCUGUGACUACCAGCCCUGCGUUUGACCCUUGUCACAGCUACACUGUGCUGAAUGACGCCUGGAGGGCCACCACUAACCAGAACCAGUCAGUGAUAAGGUGCGACCGUAACGUCCAGUGGCAGGGUUGGUACCGCAUGUUCCACCAGGGGGCGAGCGUUCUGAUGCCUAACGUGUGUGUGCCUGACCAGCGCUGCGCUGUUGUUGACCCCUGUGAAGAGCUGUACUGUACUGAGGACGAGUGGUGUGGCCAGAAAGAUGGAGUCUACGGCUGCCUCUGCAAUGAGGAUCACCCGAGACCUUAUGCUGAGUCCUAUGACUCCGUGGAGUACUGUUCCAGCAGCACAGGCACCAUGUCUCUGUCUCGCUGCCAGCUGUUUGAAGAAGGCUUCUCUGCUGUCGCCCUCCACCUCAACGACCCCAGCUGCAACGGCACACUCCAAGAUGGCAGAGUGGAGUUCCUCUUCGACAAUGAGAAUCACACUUGUGGAACCACUCUGAGGAGCAACAGCACCCACUUCAUCUAUGAGAACUUAAUCCAGGGGGAGGCCAACUCAGCCGGUGGCCCCAUCAGCAGAGAGAGACGGAUACAACUGCUCUUCUGCUGUGUCUACCCCCUCACUCAGGCACUCUCCAUGGACAUGGACAUCAACCCCCUGGAGAGUGUUGUGACUAAGAAGUUACCAGGAGGUCAAGGAACCUACCGUGUCCGAAUGAUUCCCUAUGAAGAUGCAGGAUUCUCUAAUGCGUUCUCUGGGAAUGUGACUGUGGCGGUGAACCAGCGGAUGUACGUGGCUGUCCGCCUGGACGGAGUGGACAGCCGCCAGAUCGCCCUGGUGAUGGACUCCUGCUGGGCCACUCCUGUCAAUCAGGCAGACUACCACAUCCGUUGGGACCUCAUCAGAAACGAGUGCCCCAACCCCGAUGACGACACAGUGGAGCUGCUUCAGAAUGGCAACAGCACAUCAGGUCGCUUCUCCUUCAAGAUGUUCUUCUUCGUUGCAAACACCUCCAAGGUUUACCUGCACUGCAGCAUCCACCUGUGCUUGGUGGCGAGCAACGACUGCACAGCCGUAAGUUACCCCCAGAGGAAGCGUCGCUCUGUUGAUUUCCAUGACAGCGCCUCCAUCUCACUGGGGCCUCUGGUUGGGCCAGUGGCAGAGCAGGUAAACAUGGAUAAUUCAGCACUGACUACACCCAGCUAGUUGGCAAAUGUAUGUGUGUGUAUGUGUGUGUGUUGCGUGUGUGUGUGUGUGUGUGUGUGU